AUGGCACGAAAGCUCGUGACCGUCCGGCGAGUCUCCGCCGUGAAGCCCAUACCCGGCGCCGACCGGAUUGAGACGGCCAUCGUCGACGGAUGGCAGUGCGUUGUGAAAGUCGAUUCCUUCCGACCGGGCGACCUGGGCGUCUUCUUCGAGAUCGACAGCUUCCUGCCGGCGUCCGACCCGCGGUGGGCCUUCCUGGACGCACAGUUCACCACCUUGGAGGACGCCAGGGGCUUCCGGGUCAAGAGCAUGAAGAUGAGGGGCCAGAUCUCCCAGGGACUGCUGCAGCCGCUCGACGUGUUCCCAGAGGUUAAGGGGGUGCUCGAGGAGUUGGGGCGGACACUGGAGAGUAGAGAGGAGGCUGUCAAGUCUAUUCUGGACCUCGCCUUUGAGGAGAAGCUAGGCGUGAAGAAGUGGGAGCGAUCGAUACCCGGGGCUGCCUAUGGGAAGGGCUCCAUUCUUCCACCGGAGCAGCAGGUCGCCAUGGGGCCAUUUCCCGAUUUCAUCGAGAGAACGGACCAGGAGCGGAUCCAGAAUCUGCCCAAAGUGUUUGAGGAGUGGGGAGACAAGGUAUUCCAGGAGACGACCAAGAUGGACGGCUCAUCAAUGACCGUCUAUUACCUGCGAAAGGACGCUCCAAUGUUUGACCUCCUGCCGCCUUUGAACCCCACGGGUGGCCAGUCUGGCGUCAUGGAAAACGGCCGAGUCGGCGUCUGCUCUCGAAACAUCGAGCUUGUGGAGCGGGAGAAGAGCUUCUUCUGGGAGGUUGCGCUGAAAAACAACCUUCUCGAGAAACUAGCUAAACUAGACCGCAACAUUGCCAUCCAGGGCGAGCUCUGCGGGAGCACGAUCCAGAGCAACUUCGAGGGCUUCCCCAAAGGAUUUCAUGAUUUCUAUCUCUUCUCGGUCUGGGAUAUUGACGAGCAGAAACAUCUUCCCCCUCGACAGACCGAGCAAUGGGCCAAGGACCUGGGUCUUAAACAUGUCCCAGUGCACGGCUACACUAAGCUCAGUGACCUCGGGGCAUCUGUGGAGGAGCUGUUGAAGCGAGCGGAGGGCAAGGGUAUGAAUGGAAAGAAAAGAGAGGGCAUAGUGCUCAAGCACGAGGACGGGGUGUUUAGCUUUAAGGCGAUUUCUAACUCGUAUCUGCUGAAGCAUGGAGAGUAA